AUGUCAACGGAAAACUGCUGGUGGGAGGGAAGCUCCCAAUCCCGAUAUAAAGAACUUAAGGAGAAAGCACUGAAUAAUAAUGAAUGUAAAGGUUGCAGCGUCACAAGAAAAAGCGCUUUAGAGGCUGCAGUGCAAAAAUAUCCUUCAGUGGAGAAAGAAGUACCGAAAAUUAUGAAUGCCUGGUGUUAUGUACAUACAGCAGGACAGGGGGACAAAUCUACAUACUGUAACCUCUUUUACUACUGGCUAGGGGAAAUACUAUUCCGUGAAUUGAAGAGCGAUGCAUCCGUCCGACGGGAAGUUAUGAAAAAUAUUUAUGAGAAGUUACAGAUAUGGAAAAAUAUAGACAAUUGCACAAAGACCUUCCCAAAUGUGACGCCAGAGGAGUUCGGACGCCUAAGAGCUCUAUACUACUAUACACAGGACUACAAUGAGCUGGAAAGAAGAAUACGUACGGAAGGUGAGCCAUGUGGUGAAGAAUACAGAAAUUUCCUGAAGGAGGCUAAUGAUACCUAUAGAGACAGAGACUGGAACAACAGGUGUAAGGGCCCGAACAAUCGUGGAAGCGAGUACUGUACCAAAAUUCAAGAGAUAUUACGUAACGCUGAUAGGACACUUAAAGACCCAUCAGAAAUAUUAUCCGAGUUGAAAGGUAGGCUGACUCCUUUAGAAAGUGAAAAACUGAAGGAUGCAACCGUAGAAACAUCCUCAGAUCAAGGGAAAGAAGAAACAAAUACAAGGAGAAACAGCACCUCCAGUACAACCAAAACAGCACCUGAAGGAACAACAUCCGAAGGAACAACAUCUGAAGGAACAACAUCUGAAGGAACAACCCCAUCAGCACCAGAACCUGAAGGAAUAAAACCUGCUGAAACGGCCACUCCAGCUCCUGUAGAAAAAUUCCCAGCCAAAGCACCAGAGAGCAGCCUCAAUGGUAGGGGUGAUUCCAGCAGCCACCACAAUGGUGCAAAACCUCCCUUUUUGGAACCGGAAGUCCAAACAACACAACUCGCAGUAACGGAAACUUGGACAUCUGAACAAAGUAGUAACACUGCUGUAGAUCUAAGCAUAGAUGUAACGGAGGGCAUAACUAUCCCAACCACUCCUAUUUUAUUUGCUACAUGGGUUGUGACAGUAUUUAUCUCCAUUGCCCUUCUCCUGUGCAAGUACACUUCUUUAUUCCGUGGAAAGAAGAAGAAGUCCCCUAAAAGUAAAAGAAGAAAGAGAAGAUCUACCAUCGAAGAUGAAUUGAACACAUCAUUAGCGUGCAGUGAUUCAGCAACAGAAUAUUCCAAAGAAGGCAGCUCCAUAGUGUCUUCCACAACAGUGGACGACUCCGCAGCAGAGGACCAUUCAAUGGAGAAUGAUGUUAUGGAGGAUGAUUCUUGCUCUUCUUUAUACAGUACAUCAUCAUAA